CGCCGCAGGUGGAGAACUGCAGGCGCGCGGUCGGGACCCGCAGUGUGGAACAUGGGGAGAGAGGUGACGCGAGUUCACCUCCUCGCACUUUUCGUCUCCAUUAUUCUUUGCAGGUGCUCGCGUGCACAAGAAGCCUUCGACGGACUCACCGGUUUUAGUUUGAGUCCUCCGUACUUCAACCUGGCGCAAGGAUCGAGGAUUUCGGCGACAGCAACCUGCGGGAAGGAUGAGUUCGGGACGCCGAGAGCUGAUUUGUACUGCAAGCUUGUCGGGGGACCGACCGCCGGGCUUGUCACGCAAAAUAUUCGGGGCCAGUUCUGCGACUACUGCAACGCCGCUGACCCGAGCAAAAGCCACCCGGUGAGCAACGCUAUUGACGGCACAGAGCGCUGGUGGCAGAGCCCGCCUCUCUCCAAGGGGCCGGGCUACAACGAGGUCAACGUCACCCUGGACCUCGGUCAGCUCUUUCAUGUUGCUUACGUCAUCAUAAAGUUUGCUAAUUCCCCUCGACCCGACCUUUGGGUGCUGGAACGCUCCGCGGACAACGGGAGGACCUUCGUCCCCUGGCAGUAUUUUGCACAUUCAAAGCGUGAGUGCAUCGAAAGGUUCGGAAAACAUCCAAAUGCUCGACUCGUCAACGACGACGAUCAGCUCUGCACCACAGACUAUUCUAGAAUCGUCCCUCUGGAGAACGGGGAGAUUGUGGUGUCGUUGAUCAACGGUCGUCCAGGCGCCCGCGACUUCACCCGCUCGCCCGCGCUGCAGAACUUCACCAGGGCCACCGACGUGCGCCUGAGAUUCCUGCGCACCAACACGCUGCUGGGUCACCUCAUCUCCAAGGCCCACAGGGACCCGACCGUCACGCGCAGGUACUACUACAGCAUCAAAGACGUCAGCAUCGGUGGGCGCUGCGUGUGUCACGGCCACGCUCGGGCGUGCGGGGCCGGUCGCGACCCCGAAAAUCCAAACAAGCUGCGAUGCGAGUGCCGACACAACACCUGCGGCGAGUCGUGUGAGCGCUGCUGUCCGGGCUUCAGCCAGGAGCGGUGGCGCGCCGCCACCGUCGACGCCCCCAACGAGUGUCAGCCCUGCCAGUGUUUCGCUCAUGCGGACGACUGUUAUUACGACCCCGAGGUGGAAGCCAGAGGAGCAAGUUUAGACAUCUCCGGUGGCUACAGCGGAGGAGGCGUGUGCAUCGACUGCCAGCACAACACUGUUGGAGUCAACUGUGAGCGAUGCAUGGAAGGCUUCUUCAGACCUUUUGGAGUGGGCCCCGAGUCUCCCAGCGGAUGCAUACCCUGCAGAUGCGACGAGCGGACCGCGGCCGGUUGCGAAACGGGUUCCGGGAGGUGCAUCUGCAAAGCGCCGUUUGCAGGAGGAAACUGCGAGCGCUGUGCAGAGGGACGCUAUUCCUACCCUCAGUGCAUUCGAUAUCCUGAGUACCAGACCACUACCAAAUCCCCUGCAGGACCUAUUAUAGUGCCUACUGGCUGCCCUGUGGGUUAUUUUGGCUCAAUCAGUUGUCAGCGGUGCACGUGUGACUCCAGAGGGACAGAGCGCGAAGUGUGCGACGCCUCGGGACGCUGCCUGUGUCGUCGCGCCGUGUCGGGCCAGCAGUGUGACCGUUGCGGCCCGGGCUACCGCUCCUUCCCCGACUGCCACGCGUGUCCUUGUGAUGGAGCCGGUGCGGCUGAGAGCGUCUGCGGUGCGAGCGGUCAGUGUAUUUGCCUGCCCAACUAUGGCGGACAGAGCUGUGAGCAAUGUGCACCGGGCUACCACGGGUACCCGCAAUGCACCGCCUGCCAGUGUUCCCGGGAGGGCUCGUACGCCGCCGUGUGCAACCCGCAGUCAGGCCAGUGUCCGUGUCUGCCUGGGGUGGUGGGCCAGCAGUGUGACCGUUGCGCUUCGGGACUCGGGUUCCCCUCGUGCUCGGCCUCCAUCAGUCAGUGUAAUCCGUAUGGGACAGAAAGCAUGGAACCUCAAACGGGAUCUUGCCGCUGCCGAGCCAACGCGGAGGGCGCGUCAUGUGACCGGUGUAAGCCUCUUCACUGGAACUUGGCAGCCGACAACACGUAUGGCUGUGAAGAGUGCAGGUGUGAUGUCAAAGGAACGCUGAGUGGUGUUGCAGAGUGUGAGCAGAGAAACGGGCAGUGCCGCUGCAAGCCUCGCGUGGGCGGCCGUACGUGCGACUCCUGCCAUGACGGCUACUUCCUGUUGCAGAAAAAGAAUUAUUUCGGCUGCCGAGGUUGUGAGUGCGACGCGGGCGGCGCCAUCAGCGCGACUUGUGACGCGACGUCCGGCCAGUGUCGGUGCCGCAGCAACAUAGUCGGCCUGAAAUGCACGCAGCCCGCACUAAGUUAUUAUUUCCCCACGCUGCAUCAGUUGAAGUUUGAGGUGGAGGAUGGCACCGCACCAAACUCCAGACCAGUGCGGUUUGGUUACGACCCCCAAGAGUUCCCAGAAUUCAGCUGGAGAGGUUAUGCUCAACUCUCCCCUGCGCAGCCAGAGGUGAUCCUCACUCUUCCCCUCGGCUUUGCCGGUACUUUCCAUAUUGUAAUGCGCUACGCCACCCUGCGCUAUAAGGGGAGGACCACGCGGUUGAGGGCAAGGGUCACAGUGGCGGACGAAGCCGCUUCGCAGCCGUGCUGUGACCACCCUCUCCGAAGCGCCUCCGACGUCUCAUCCGCGUCGCACCAGAGCAAGGAAGUGGUUUUCCCGCCGAGUCGGCAACCCUCAUUCCUCACUGUGCCCGGAGACGGCUUUGCGUUGACGCCUGGGAACUGGAUCGUCCGCAUCAAAGCUCCGGGGCUUCUGCUUGACUAUUUGGUCCUGCUGCCUCAGGAUUACUACGAGGCGCCGCUGCUGCAAGGAGAAAUCACAGAGCCCUGCACCUAUGUUCCCACAGCACAAAGCAAUCAAAACUGCCUGCUGUACAAGCACGUGCCGAUGGACGCGUUCGGCUCGGCUUCGGGCCUCUCGAGCCGGAGGGGCCGCGAGAGGAGGCAGGCUCGUGUGCGGCGGCCCACCCCGGGUCACCCCGAGAUGGCCUCUCUGCACGGCGCACAGUCUCAGCUGCAGCUCAGUCUGCGUGUGCCUCACCCUGGACCUCACGCUCUGGUCCUGGAGUACGCCAGCGAGGUGGACGGUGUCCAGAACGUCAACAUCCUGGUGGGUGUCCAGCACGGUGGACAGACGCGAGCCAGAGCCAACGUUUACGGCUGCGACUACAGCUUCUUGUGCCGGAGCGCGGCGCUGGACGGCAGGAAUCAGCCGGCCGUGCUGCAUCUGGCUCACAGAACGGAAGUUCUCCUGCAGACCUCCGCCGCCUCCUUCCUGCUGCACAAGGUGUACGCAGUUCCUGCUCAGGAGUUCUCCAUGGAUUAUGUGGAGGCCAAGGUGCUAUGCGUCUCCACUCACGGUCGCUUCACUGAAGACAGUCAGCACUGUGUUCUGAGUCACUCGGACAAGCCUUUGCCAGGCUGGAUUUUGCACGCAGCCCGCGACGGGAAGCUGAACACCGCUCGCCAACAAGGAGACGACGCGGCUUGGCGGCGGAGGCGACAGUCAGACUUAUCCCCUCGCGGGGACAAGAUCCUGCUCAAAUACCCUCAGACGGAAAUCCGCUUCACUCCCAAGGUGCCCCUCCCUGGCAGAUAUUUGCUUGUUGUGCAUUAUCGCCAGCCCGAGCACGUUUCCUUUCCUGUGGAAGUUCGGGUGGAUGCUGGCUAUAACUGGAAAGGUUCCAUAAAUGCGUCGUUCUGCCCCUCGGCGUCAGGCUGCCGAGACGUGCUGGUCGCCGACGGGCGCACCGUCCUCGACUUUGCUCGGCAAUCUUGGCAGCUGCCGAGCAUCUCUGUGAUUGUUCCUCCUCGCAAGACACUCAUUCUGGAUCAGAUAUCGCUGGUUCCUGAGAGUCGUUACGCCCCUGACCUCCUGAGAGAGAAGCCUCUGGAUACGUCAGCGCUUUUCAUCCAGCAGUGCAUAGGAGAGGGCUUCUUUCUUGACCCCGGAACGUCCUCGCAAUUCUGCAGAGACUCCGCGCGCUCUCUGGUGGCCUUUUACAACGACGGCGCUCUGCCUUGCAAUUGUGACCGGUCGGGGUCCGCUGGAUCCGCGUGUGACCCGGCCGGAGGACAAUGUCCCUGCAAGCCUCAUGUCAUCGGUCUGAGGUGCACCAAGUGUGCCACGGGGUACUAUGGCUUCCCCUACUGCCGACCGUGCGAGUGCGGCCGCCGACUGUGCGACGAGGUGACGGGUCGUUGCGUGUGCCCGCCUCAGACGGUCCGGCCGGCCUGCGACUCGUGUCAGAACCAGACGUUCAGUUUUCAUCCUCUGCUGGGCUGCGAGGGCUGCGACUGCGCCAAGAACGGCCUCCGUGCCGACGCCGGGCCCGGCUGCGACGGCGUCACCGGACAGUGCGGCUGCAAGCCCAGGAUUGGCGGACGCCAGUGUGACCGAUGCGCCGCAGGUUAUUACCGAUUUCCCGAUUGCGUCCCUUGCGACUGCGAGCGAGGCGGAGUCACGCCCGACGUGUGUCACCCCGAAACGGGGAAGUGUCUCUGCAAGAAAAAUGUAGCCGGCGUGCGGUGCGACGCAUGUCGGGACGGCUCCUUCCACUUUGAGCCGUCCGACACUCACGGCUGCACCCGCUGCUUCUGCUUCGGAGCCGCUGAGACGUGUCGGAGCUCCGGCAAACGCAGGAGCAAGUUUGCGGACAUGCGUGGCUGGACGUUGGAAAGUUCCGAGCGGCGAGAGGUUCCGUCCGUGUUGAACGCGGCCAGUGACACGGCGGUGGCCGAUGUGCAGGAGCUUCCUGCUUCUGUUGGAGCUCUGCACUGGGUGGCGCCGGCCUCAUAUGAGGGAAACAGGUUGUCAUCUUAUGGUGGUUUCCUCACCUACCAGACCAAAUCCUUUGGCCUUCCCAGUGAGGGAAUGAUUCUGAUGGACAGAACACCCGAUGUCCUACUGAAUAGUGAGGACAUGACACUGAUCCAUUUAACUCCUCAAGUCCCAUUGCCAGACAGACUGUAUCAGGGCAGAGUCCGCCUUGUUGAGGGAAACUGGCGCCAUGCCGGCACCAACAGGCCCGUGUCCAGAGAGCAGCUGAUGACGGUCCUAGCGGGCCUGGCGCGUCUGAGGAUCCGAGCCCUGUACUUUACGCGGAGCCAGCGACUUAGUCUGGGCCAGGUGGGAUUGGAGGAGGCCACCGACACUGGGACUGGGGGUCCUGGCAACACUGUGGAGGUCUGCUCCUGCCCCCCGCAGUACGCCGGAGACUCCUGCGAGAAUUGCGCCCCCGGAUACUUCCGAGACGGCAGCGGGUCGUACCCGGGCCGCUGCGUGCGCUGUGACUGUAACGGUCUGGCAGACGAGUGCGAGGACUGGAGCGGGAGGUGCCUGAACUGUCAGUACAACACAGCUGGAGACAGAUGUGAAUACUGCAGAGAAGGUUACUACGGUAACGCUGCUCUGAGGACCUGCCAGGUGUGCCCCUGCCCUUUCAGUACGGCCACAAAAAGUUUUGCAGUCGCUUGCAGAGAGAUCUACGGAGACUUCCAGUGCAUUUGCACAGCAGGAUACGCUGGAGACAAAUGCGAGAAGUGUGCUCCUGGGUUUUAUGGUGACCCGCUGGUUCCGGGAGGACGCUGUCUCCCUUGUAAUUGCAAUGGAAAUGGCAACACCUGUGAUCCCAGGACUGGAGUUUGCAAGAGCACCCUGGAGCCUGGAGACACCAACACAAACGACCACUGCCAAGAGUGUGAUAACUGCGCGCAAACGCUACUGCAAGACUUGGAGAAGCUGGACGACGAGCUGGCGAGGAUCAAAGCUCAGCUGGACGACGCCGCCGCCGGCGCCUCCUCCCAGGACAGACUCAGGAAGCUGCAGCGAGCCGUAGCGGACACCAAGAAUCUGGUGACCAAAUUCAGUACCUCUGUCAAUGCCCAAAGUUCGAGGGUCAAGCAGCUGGAAGACGACAUGCUGACUCUCUCUGAUGACAUUGCCUCUCUUCAAGACAAGGCCGACAAGACAGCUGUGGAUGCUGACAAAGCAGUUCUGGAUGUUGAAAAAACCCAAAAGAGAGCUCAGGAUUUGGACCGAGAGAUUCAAAACAUGCUCAAGAAAAUCCAGGCUAUGCUGGACCAGCUGAAGGACGGCUCCGGCGGCGGCACGCAGCCUGGUGAGAAUGUGAGCAAGAUGCUGGAGGAGGCCCAGCGCAUGGUGAAGGAGAUGGAGAACAGGAACUUCACGCCGCAGAAGACAGCUGCCGACAAGGAAAGGGACAAGGCGAGCAAACUCCUGGACUACAUUAAGAACAACGUGAGUAAGCAGUUGGACCAAAACGAGGGCUCAGCGGGGAGGUUGAAAGCGCAGCUGAACGACUACGACGCCAAGCUGAAGGAGCUGGACAAGUCUCUGAAGGACGCCACGGAGCUGGUGAAGAAAGCCAGCGCCCAGAACGGACUCAACGCUCAGGCUAUUCCCGACCUGCAGCUUCGCAUCAACAACCUAAAGAAAGAACGUAAGACCGUCAAGGACCAGGUGGCAAUGGCGGCAGAUGAACUGAAGAAAAUAGAAGAUUUGGUCAAAGUGCUUUCCAACAACAAAACGGCGUACGAAAAGUUGGCGGCUCAGCUGGAUGGCGGCAAGACUGACUUGAUGAAGAAGGUCAACGAGCUCUCCAAAGCGGCUGCCAAGGAGGACGUCGUGCAGGCUGCCGAGGAUCACGCGAAAAAUAUCAAGAAGCUGUCUAAGGAACUGGAGGACGCCGUGAAGAGCGCGAGUGAACGCCCCGAGGUGCGUAACGCCAAUGACGCCAUCGAUGCCUACAAGAACAUCACAGACGCCAUUAAAGCCGCCGAGCUCGCCGCUAACCAAGCGAAAGAAGCCGCCGACAAAGCCUUGAACAAUGUGAAAAAACAAAAACUGGCCAAAAGAGCAAAAGACCUGAAUGAGAAUGGCGCUGAACUGGUUCAGAGUGCAAAAGAGGCACAGAGUGUCCUGGAGGAUGCUGCCAACGAAAUUCCGGAAAUAAAGAGGCGCUUGGAGAAUGCAGACAGGAAAAAGAAUGAUCUUCAGUCCAAGCUCCUCGACACGCAAAAGCAGCUGGACGACAUUCGAAGAGAUGACAUUGCGGAUAUGAUUGACGAGGCCAAGAGGAAGGCCGCUUCCGCUAAUGACUCGGCUAGCGACACCUUGGACAAGCUCAACGCCAUGAGGAAGGAAUUGGACAAGAUCAGCGUCACCCCCGGGGAUUCCAACCUCGGCGGCGUACUGGACGACGUGGACCAAACAGUGAAGAACUUGUUGAAAACCAUCCCGUCACUGAGCGACAAGAUCUCGGAGGUGGAGAACUUGACCUCGCAGUUUACGCCGCUGAAAAACAUCACAGAGAACGUCAAGAAACUCAAAGAGCUGAUUAACCAAGCCCGCGACGCGGCCAACAGGAUUUCCAUCCCGAUGAAGUUCACAGGCGACAGCCACGUGCAGUUGCAUCCGCCCAAGAACCUGGAGGAGCUGAAGGCCUACACAGACUUGUCUUUGUCCCUGCAGAGGCCCGAGGGCAGGGGGGAUGGAAGACGCAGACGCAAGCAGGCGGCGGACAAAGGAGACAUGUUUGUGCUGUACCUCGGCAACAAGGAUCCCUCCAAGAACUACAUCGGCAUGGUCCUGAGGAACAACGUGCUGUACGGCGCCUACAAGCUGAACGGAUUGGUGCACCUGAUGAAAACGGACUCCAUCACCACAUCUCCAUCCGAGCCAGCCAAGUUUGAUAAGGUCGACCUACACAGAAUUUAUCAAGACGCAGAGUUGAUCCUCACCAAAGACUUCACGUCAGACACUCCCGGGAUUCCGGUCAAGGCCGCCAACCAAGGAGACGAAAUCAAAAACCUUCUGGACAUCACCCCAGAUGACUUGGUGUUCUACGUGGGAGGCUACCCGUCCAACUUCACUCCGCCGACGCCUCUCAAAUAUCCCAUGUACAAAGGCUGCAUCGAGAUGGCCUACUUUAAUGACAAGGUCGUCAGCCUGUAUAAUUUCAAGCACAAGCACAACAUCAACGUGGAGACGCCGUGCAAGAGGUACGUAUCUCCAUUGGGCUUUUACUUGGAGGGCACCGGCUACGGCCGCGUGAUUAUCGACAAGAGAGCCUCCGUCCUCCUCAUCGGCAUGUCCGUCUUGACGCGCGCCGAGAACGGUCUGCUCUUGUACAUCGGAAACGAGGAGAAUUACUUCACAGUGACAGUGGAGAAGGGUGUCGUUCACCUGCGUAGUAACUUGCUGCAAGAACCAGUCAACAACAACUUGAAAACAUUCCCGAAAAGCGACUGGGUGGAUAUCCUCAUCAUUUUGACCAACAAAGGGAAGUUUACAGUCCGCGUAGCCAAUAAAGAGGUGGCCACGGCCCAAGCCGAGUUCACCAACGCCGACUUUGCAGACUAUUAUAUUGGCGGUGCGCCUCUCGAGAUGAGGGAAAAGCACAACAUCACCAUGCAAGGCUUGAAAGGAUGCUUGAACAACGUGAAGCUCAACCAAAACUUUAAACUCAUCGACGAGAAAGUGGGCAUCAGCAAAGGUUGUCCUAAAGAUUCCCUGACUUCUCGGAAAGCAGAGUUCAGUCCGGGAAGCUCCCUGUCGGCGGACCUUCCGGGCUUCAGCCUGGCCGACGACGUCUCGGUGUCGCUGGGCUUCAAGAGCACCGAGAAGGAGGGCACCCUCCUGCGGUCCAAACAAGCGGCUAACGGGAUUCAUCUGGCUUUAGAGAAUGGCAGCGCCGUCGUGUCUUUUAACAACAAGAUGUGGAAGUCGAACAAGAAAUACAACGAUGGCCAUUGGCAUUAUUUGACUGUGUCUAGACAAGCUGGCAGGACGGAGAUGCUCAUCGAUGACGACGACAACGGCGUGGCGCAGAGCGGAAGCGUCUCGGUGCCGGACUCGGGGGGCUCCGUCAUCCUGGGACGAGACAAGUUCAAGGGCUGCAUCUCCAACCUCUACACCAGACGGCCCGGCCACCAGUACAAGCCUGAGGACUUCACUGACUUCAAGUCGUCCGGAGACGUCCUGGUGGACGUGUGCGCCCCCGACAGUCUUGUCCAACAGAUGAUCAAUCGUGUCCCCAAGAAGGACGUGGCGGUGCGCGUGAUCAACGACAGCGCGUCUCCGUGCGUGCGACCGGGCCUUUUGACAAACGCGUAUCACAUGGGGGGGCCCGUGAGCCGCUUAAGCUACGGCCUGCCGCUGCAGGUGCUGCAGCCCAGGCCGCACUUCUCCCUGGACAUCCGGACUCGAUCCCCAGAGGGCCUGCUGUUCUUUGCCGCAACUAGAGGAGGGAACGCUCACCUGGCUUUGUAUAUGUCCAAAGGGAGGAUCAGACUGACUGUGGGCAAAUAUAGCGAGAUCUUCAACAGGGAGAAGUACAACGAUGGAAAGUGGCACUCGGUGAUGUUCAGUUUGGAGAAGAAGAAAUUCCGCCUGGUGGUGGAUGGGAUCAGAGCACAGGACGGUCAGCUGAGUGCUGCCGACGUGGCCUCCAUGAAGCACUUCGUGCCGCCAGUCUUCUUGGGCAGUGCGCCGCACUACCUCCACAAAGAGUUAAAGUCCAAGAACCUCCCAAAGCAAAGCGUGUCCGGCUGUGUGCGCCAUUUUCAAAUGAACGGCGCGCCCAUGCUGAAUCCAUCGACAAACCACGGGGCGGGCCCCUGUUUUGAGGGCCACACUCAGAGGGGGGCCUACUUCUCAGGGCAUGGCGCACACGUCGUCAUCAAUGACUCCUUCGCCGUGGGAUCGAGUUUCGAGCUGCUGUUUAACGUUCGCCCGAGGACGCCGACUGGACUCCUGCUGCACGUCGGCGAUUCUCGCGGAACUCGACAAGGACUGAGCACGGGCCAUUAUGUCAGCGUUUACCUGCUCAGAGGAGAGGUGGUGGCACGAGUUAACAACGGCAAAGGAGAGUUCAUGGCAUCUGUGCUGCCCAAAUCGACACUCUGUGAUGGAACGUUUCAUAAAAUUUCUGUCAUCAAGAGGAGGCAUGUUGUGCAGCUGCAUGUGGACGCAGUGGACACAUACAAGAUAGGCCCACCGUCUUCCAGCACCACUUUGACCAAAUAUCCCCUUUACGUGGGGGGCGUUCCCGAAGAGAUGUCGUCGCUGCAGACGCCACCCGUCACGUCGUCCUUUGUGGGCUGCGUCCAGGACAUGAAGGUCGACGGCGAGUCCGUCUCGUUCGCCAGGUUGCCCUCGGUGGUCGGGCCCGUCAACCUCAAGGAAUGUCCAGGCUGAAGCGCAUCACUGCAUUGUUUCUUUUGGCUAAAACUGGGGACCACCUCCAAACAACCAUGUGCAAUCUGUUACCAAGAAGGCAGAGAAUGUGUGUGUGUGUGUGUGUGUGUGCGUGUGGAUGGAUGUAUUUAUUUUGAAGUCAUGUACAGCACCAAGUCAUCAAUGGUUGGUUUCUUUUUUUUAAAUAUGUGAUUAGUCAGUUCAGGCUGCAGUGUACAGUACAUAACACAGCACUUUAAGAAGACACUCCAUGAACAAGGAGAUAAACAAUGGUCGGGCUCAAACAUUUAUGUGACAAUACUUUGCAGUUGAUGGCGCUCGCUUCUCUUCCCCUUUUGACAUGUUUGAUUCCCUAUGAUGCCAUUUGAGUCCCCUACAACAAAGGCCAUAAAAUCACAUGUUUAAGACUGCGUUUUCCAAUUAUUAUUGUUUUUUGCAUUCCUUAUGCAUGCAUUCUUCCGAGUGGCUCUCCCCUCAAUUUGGUUUACACGGGACAACAGCGUGCACGAGUUCAAUAUAGUUGAAGACUAAAAUGGAACAGUACACGGGAAAAAGUAUCGGUGCAUGAUUCAGACAAUGUUUACCUCUGAGUGCAACAAGAAGAAAAAAAAGCAUCAAAGAAAUUCAUCGCAAUUGGAUCUUUCAUUAAAAAAAAAAAAAUAAUAAUAAAAAUAAAAAUAAAAAAACUUGCAUUCCUGUUUUGUGACCACUGGAUUGUAAACCAUUUUGUAAUAUUGCCAAUAAAAUGUCUUUACAAAAGA